AUGGCCCUUAAAUCACCAAAAGAAAUUUGGAAUUAUCCGAAGGAAGAAUAUACCGGAGAUGAAACAAUACGAGGCAUGAAAGUAUUAAAUCUAAUAAAGAAAUUCGAAUUGCAAAAGAUGAAGGACUCUGAGACCGUCAAAGAGUACUCAGACCGUCUUCUUAGCAUUGUUAACAAGAUAGGAUUGCUUGGGACAAAAUUUAAAGAUUCAAGAAUUGUUGAAAAAAAUCUUGUUACUGUGCCCGAAAGAUACGAAGUAUCAAUAAUUACCUUGGAAAACACAAAAGACCUAUCCAAGAUUACUUCGGCAGAAUUGUUAAAUACGUUGCAGGCGCCAGAUGCAGAAUGUAAGAUUUGCAAUGAACUUGGCCAUGAAGCUGUGAUUUGCAAAAACAAAUCUCAAAAAUAUGAAGCAGAAGCCCAAGUCACCAAAGAAGAAGAAGAAGAAUAUCACUUAUUUGUGGCAACAUCUUCAACCAAGAAAUCUGAUUUUUGGAUGAUUGAUAAUGAAGGAAAAGGGAAUAUUGCAAUCAAAACAGUUUCAGGUACAAAAAUAAUUUCAAAUAUCUUUUACGUGCCCGAUAUUGAUAAAAGUUUGUUAAGUGUUGGUCAAGAAGAAGGAUUUAAACUAUUGUUUGGAGAUAACUAUUGUCGAAUCUUUGAUUCCAUUAAUCUUGAGAAUUUACAAAUUGAUAUGAGAAGCAAAGGUUUCUUAUUUAAUCUAAGAGAAGGUGCACAUAAGUCAUGGAAGAACAAAGACAAAUUGGCAGAUUUAUUCAAGAGGUCAAAUUCAGCCAAAGCCGAGACAAUUUCUGAUCCAAGGAGGAAUGUUGAAGAUAUGUCUCAAAAAUAA